AUGUGCCAUGCGCAGGACCCGCUGCGGCUGCUGCGCCUGCUGUGCCCUUCCCCGCACGUGCUGCUGCUGCCAUACCUCGCCCUUGGCGGCCACGACCAGCUGCUGCAGGAAGCUGCCGAGCAGCUGUGGCGGGCGGACGGUCAGAUCGGCAGCGGCUGCGGCAAUGGUGGCAGCUGCAGCGGUGGCAACGUGUGUGAUGGCUGGGAGCCGUAUGCGGCGCAGUCCAGCCCUCAGUUGGGCAGGGCGGAUGUGAUCCGCCUCGCCGCGCAAGCCGCGCUGCGCUCCAGCCGCGGCGACGCCGCCGCCAAACUGCUGCUGCUGCGCGCGGCGCCGCGCGGCGACCCCUGCACGGCCGACGCCCGCGGCCCCGGCGCGGAGUCUGCGGCAGCCGACGGCGCCGCGGCGGCGGCGGCGCUGGCGGGGAUGGACGAGCUCGCGGCGCACUGCGGCUGCGACGGCUCGGUGGUAUCUGCCUUGCACAGGCUGGUCCGCGACGGCCUCGCGCCCCAGGACGCCGCCGCCGUGGACCCGCCCGCUUUCGGCGCCUUCUUGCUGCCAGCGGCCGCCAUGGGCGGCAACAUCAGCGCGGUCGAGGCAGCUGCCGGGCAGCUGCUCGACGAGCUGGCGGCGACGCGGCAGCUGCCGGCGGCGCUGUGCCUGGCGGGGCGGGGCGGGCACGUGGGGGCGGUGGAGGCGCUACUGAGGGACCCAAGGAUUAGCAGCCGGCCCCUGGAGAUUGCCGCCCUCGACGGCGCCUCCCGCGGCUGGCCUGCCGCGACGCUGCGCCCCGUCGCCGCGGCGGUGGCGUCGCGGUACAGGGAGGAUGCAACCCGAAUGCUUGCUGGCCCGAUGGAGCGCGCAGUGGCGUAUGGCCACAGCGAGGCCGGUGACAUCAUAUGGGAGGCGCUGGUGCAGGGGCCGCCGGAGCCUGAGAGGUACGCGGACUUGAUCGUUCGGCUGGCGGCGGCGGGCGACUACGCGCGGGCUGUCUGGAUCGCGGACUACGCGCCACCCGUCAUGGUCAAGGUCGGCACCGCCCCCGCGGCGGCCGCCGCGGAGCGCGGCCACGAGCGCCUUGCGACCCUCAUGGCCGAGCGCGCGGCUCGCGCGCUGCCCGGCGGCCGCGCCGCGGCCGCGCGCGGCCGCCUCGCGGCCGCCGCGGGCGACGCGGCGGCGGCGGAGCGGCUUCUGUCCGAGAUCACCCUCGCCCCAGGGGAGCUGCGACGCGACCUCCUCUGCCACGCCGCGUCCAAGGGUGAUCUGGCAAUGCUGCUGCUGCUGCUCGACCGCCUCGGCCCUUGGAUGGGCGAGGAGGUGGACGCCGUCGCGUCUCUGGUCAAGAACGGCCACGGCCGGCUCAUGCCCGCCCUCCACGCGGCCACGGCGCCGCCGACGACGGCGCGGCUGCUGCGGGCGUGCUGCAAGCUGUGCGGCCCAUGGCUGGUGCCGGAGGCCGGGCUCAUGCUGUGGGCGCUGCGCACCACGACGAACCCAUCCGCGCUGGAUUUGAUGGUGGGCGCCGCCACCCUGUCGCUUAAGGCUGUUUUCUGCGUGUCUUGA